GAUGCGUCUGAAUGCUCAAAUGUGAGGACGAUGUCAAUUUCUUGGGAUAAUUUUGAAGUUGAAGUGCUUAGCUCAUGGUUAGUUGCCCGUCUUUGCCAAGCUGAUUAUGUGAUAUCCAGGUCAGUUUUUAGUUCAGCAGUUGGGAUAGUGGUCACAGUUGGUAUCAUAAUCUCAUUCUUAUCAAACAUAUAUCGCAAUGAAUAUUUUGUAAGGCCCUUUUAUCCUAUUGAUUAUGCAAUAUUAUCUCUACUCUUCAGUUUCAGCAUAAUAGGAUGGAUCCUCAUAUGCUGGAGAUGGUUGGCUGUCCAAUUGUAUUUUCGUGUGCAUGGACAAAGUUGGAGGAGGCAUCUUUGCCUAGAAGAUUUCUGGACAAGAAGCACAACACUUGAGUUGAUUCAAGUGUACGACCUAAAAAGAGACCGACAACGAUUCCAGGAUAAUAAAAGAUCAAUGAUAUUUACCAAAGUAAAGUUGAACAAGAGAUUGCACGCAAAGAUAUUACCAAAGUAAGGUUGAACAAGCUGCAGAGAUUGGCCACACAGAUCUUUACCAAAGUCAGCUUGAACAAGUUGGAGAGAUUGCCCACAAAGAUAUUUACCAAAAUCAGAUUGCACAAGUUCAUAUAUUUGGGGGUGAUGCUUCAGCUAACUGUGGUCUUCUUCAGCAAGGUAUGUAGUUUCCUCUCAGAGGUUAUUAUAGGUAAUUUUGUGUAUUGGUUUCGUAUUCUAAUCAGGAAGGAGAAUCCAGUUAAACUGCCUGUCGAGUAUGCAAGAAUUUUGAAGCUUUUAUGCUUGCCCGGAGAAGAUCCCUCUAAUUUGUGGGCAGCCAAUAAAAUGUCUUUUGAAAAAGUGAAGGACCUCAUGAGGAAAGCUUGUAAGAAAGCCAAGUCAAGUGAGGAAGUCAAGUCAUUUUUCCCCGAUAUUCUAUGCAAUGUUCAGAGGAUGUUAAAAAGCUUCUAAAUAUGCUUCAAAGGGAAGCAAUUCCCACAGUUAGGGAGCAUUUCCCACAUGUAGAGAAACAUUAUUUGAAGAUUACAGUAGUGUCGCUCAUUACUAUCCUCUUUCGACUGAAGGCCAAGUCUGAUAGUUUGAAGAAAGUUCUGAUAGCUUGUCGUGAACUGUGGGACUUGUUGAGUUUCGCAGACGAGUGCGAUAUAGAUCUCCAUGCCAAUGAAAUAAGCAUCUUGCAGGAUCUCACAAGCGACAAUAAUCAAGUUGGCAUGGCUGCAGAAAUGGAGUUCUACAAGAGACAAAUGGACUACGACAAACUUGAUCCUAGCUCUGAAGAGAGUGUUACAGAUGUCCAAGAGGCACGUGGAAUUCUAGAUACUCUUUUAAAGGAAUGUGAGAACCUGUUGAUAAGUGAAAAUCUACUAGGAGGCAAGAAGGAGAAUGCUGUAAAUUUAACGGAUUCUAAGGAUUGGAUGAAAAUAGCACCAAGCUACACUCUCUACAAACUAUGCAGACUUAUGUUGAAUAAGAGCAAUAAAGAUUGUGUGGGGAAUGAAAUUGAAAAUUGUGUGGGCAAGGAUAUUGAAGAUUGUGGGGACAAAGAUAUUCAAGAUUUUGUGGUGUGGACAGAGAAUGCUUUGAAAAAUGUUAUUGCUUGUUGUCUGUCAGUGCUACCAGAUAUGCUUGUAAAUCAAUGCUGGAAAUGGGCACAAGAGUUUGAGGAAGAUAAGUUAUGGGAAGUCAUUGAUCUCGCAGGCAAGUGCAGAGGAAUGAUGGGAGAGUGGGAACCCAAACCAAAAGUGACAAAGCAAUGGACAAUCGAAGGCGUGCAGUCCACCUAAUUCCCCGCUGAUCUCUAAUCGCCUUUGUAAUAGUCAGGGCUACCAGAUAUGCUUGUAAAGCAAUAUUGGAAAUGGGGACAAGAGUUUACGGGAGAGCAAUUCAUCUCCCUGGUAAAUGCAGAGAAAUGAUGGAAGCAUGGACAAUCAAAACUGAUAAUGGAAGAGUGCGACAA